UUGUUAAACUAGUACCCGGGCCGUUAUUAGCAACCAGUUUACUAUUUGAGUCAAGUGAAAUUCGAUCAUGCGAGUUUCCCUUAUCUCGUCAUAUAAGACUGUUACACGUUGUUUAUUUACUCGCCACUUCUCUGUCAGUGUUUCUGCAGCAAUGCCGAUCAAGGCUGGUGACAAGGUUCCCGCUGUGGAUUUGUUUGAGAAGGAUCCAGGAGGAAAAGUAAACUCUGGUGAACUGUUUGGGAAGGGAAAGCAUAUCAUUUUCGCUGUCCCUGGGGCUUUCACUCCUGGUUGCUCAAAAACACAUCUUCCAGGCUAUGUUCAACAAUGUGAUGCCUUGAAAUCUAAGGGAGUUAGCAGCAUUGCCUGUAUCUCUGUCAACGAUCCUUUUGUCAUGGAUGCUUGGGGUGAGAACCAGGGAGCCAAUGGAAAGAUUAGAAUGUUGGCAGAUACAUGUGGAGAUUUCACAAAGGCAGUCGAUAUGGAGCUUGAUGCAACUGCUAUUCUUGGAAACAAGCGUUCAAAGAGAUAUUCCAUGGUAGUCCAGGAUGGAGUGGUCGAGUCUGUGAAUGUUGAACCAGAUGGAACUGGUUUGACAUGCAGCUUGGCCGAGAAAAUCCAACUUUAGAAAAGUGUGCCAGAUGUAUUUCGAAACAGAAGAAGGCUGGUCCAAUAUUAAGAUUUGUACUCUCCAUCUAUUAUAUGUACCCGGGUAGAUUAAUAGCGAAGUGAAAACUGAAGAUGGAUUUGGUUGUGUUUAUGUUUGAUGUUAAACUGUGUGAUAACUAAGUAGUGUUGUAUUAUUUUAAUAGCUGUGUACGGUUAAACACAUCCCCAUUCCUGGAAAUCAAAAACAAUACUCUGUUGCAGCAAUAAGAAUUUUAUAAGAUAUGCAGAAUGCUUUUCAUAGUAUUAUAGAUAUACGGUAAUAUGGAAUCAUUAUGCAAGUUUAAAUGGAAAUAUGAUAUCUCUCAUGUUUUUUAUUGAUAAUUAAAUAUAGCAAUGGUAAUUUGCGAAGAAUCUUAAAUUACAUUGAAAAAGAUAUCUCAUGAUAUUGUGAUUAAGGUUAUGUUGAAUUAUUUUCCUGGUCAUUUUAUGGAAACACUAGUCAAGUGACAAUCUUUGUGAACUUUGUUGCAUUUUUUCCUAACAAUUACCAUUUAAACUUAUAACAAAGAAAGAUAAUUUUACAGAAAGCAUUAGUCAUUUUCAUUGUUUGUUUCAUAUUUACAGCAUCUUUAUUUUUUUUGUCCAUGUAGGGUGCUUUUUCCUUUGGCUUUGUUCUCAAGUGCUUUUAUUUACUAUAUAUCUAUCUUAUAUACAUGUACAGCACAUGUUUUCAGCAUUAUUUCCCCCUUUAUCAAGUUGAUGCAUUUAAAGUGUUUUUAAAUAAGAUCCUUGUGAGUUACAUUAAAUUUAUAUUGUUGUAUUCAUAACAGGUUUUCUAGAGGCAAUGAAACACAGCAUUACAUGUCUAUAUCGGUAAUCACUUACUUGUUUUUAGAUCUUAACACCAAAUAAUAUGUUACAUGUAUCUCCUACUUGUCCAGAAAAAAAACCAUACUAGCUAGCUUGCACAUCUUUUUUCCUGUAAACUCAUCAACAUGCAUGAGCUAUAUCUUAAGUACCUGUGCACUUGUAUCUCCAGAAAUAUAAAGUUAAAAUACAUUUUUUCACUGUGUGUUGAAAUAGCAGAAAUAAAUGAGAAAAAAAAAUC